UCAUCUGCUCUGCGCGUGGGGAUGCCAUUUCCGAGGACAAUGCCGCAAGUUAUCAAAAUUGAAGAUGGAGGGAACCACGCUCCUUACGGGCACGCCUCCGGCGACCAGGAGCUGAUGGACAGGUUCAGGAACAUUGCUCCGCCCCCGCCGGUACAUCAGCAGCCACUGCAACUUCCACCUCCGCCUCCACUUCCACCUCCACCACCUCAUUCCACAUGGGAAAAGAGGCAUUCGCCCGGACCGCCCCCGGGAUUCGCCGGCGUUCGCCUGCCGCCGCUGAAGUCACCGUGUCAGAGGUCGCCGCCGCAGCACGUCCCGCAACCGGCGCCAAACGCUCACCGCUCCCCGGGCACGUCCCUCCCGCCGCCGCCGCAGCACGCCAGCCAGGGCGCCGCGGUACCAGCGCCAGCGAUGAACAACAACACCGUCGCGCCGCCACUCCAGCGAAGGUCCGCGCCGAAGAAGCCACCGCACCCGGCGGCGAAGAAGAAGCCCUCCGUGCCGUGCGGGCUCUGCGGCGUGCUGUGCAUGACGGCACGGCACCUGGAGGAUCACGAGAAGGGGCGGAAGCACCGGAACAAGGCGGCCUGCCUCGCCGGGGAGAUGAACGUGCGGUGCCCGGUGUGCAACGUCCACCUCUCCAGCGGGCUCAACGUCGAGCAGCACCUCGCCGGCAAGCAGCACCUCCGGCAGCUCAGGCUCAACGGAGGAGCCUGAAGUGCAUGGCCACUCUUCAAUGGCUGGCUGAGCAUGCUUAUGGUCUGAACUUUGAAAUAUCUGCUGCUGCUGCAUUAUCAUCAAACAUAUAUGUGAAGUGAUACUCGAACUUUGAACCGUGUUUGUGCUGUUAAGUUGUUUGUAUAUAUGUGUAAUUGCAGUAACGAGACUAACUAGAACUAUCAUUUGGAUUGUGUACUCUGUAAUGGAUUAUGAGAUUAUGCAUGUGUGU